CCGUGGCAUACGAGGAGUUCAAUCUGCCUCUCCUUCCCCCACCCCUACCCCUCUCUCUCUCGGUGGUUUCCUGUUUCAGAUCCUGGUUUCGCUGCGGUUCGAGCCAAUCGCGGUCUGGAGGUGUGGGCAGCGUUGCUAUUCCAUUGACGACGACGAUUUUGUAGCAGGUUUGCUUAGCAUCUCUUCCAGAGCUACAAGUAAGAGGCUACACAAUGCAGGCUAAUGAAGGUACCACUGCCAUGGAGGUUGAAAAGGUUUCCUCUGAACCAAAGCGUGUGUCAUUCCCAUCGAAGCCAAAUUUUGAGCCUUUGAAGGCUCACGAGAUAAGUGAAGGUCGAGUUCAGUUUAGAAAGGUCUCUGUUCCACCACACCGGUAUACACCCCUCAAGAAGGCAUGGAUGGAAAUUUAUACUCCAAUAUACGAGCAGAUGAAGGUUGAUAUCCGUAUGAAUCUCAAGGCUCGGAAGGUUGAACUAAAGACCAGGCAGGACACACCUGAUAUCAGUAACCUCCAAAAGUGUGCAGAUUUUGUUCAUGCUUUCAUGCUCGGGUUCGACGUGAUAGAUGCCAUUGCCCUCCUGCGUAUGGAUGAGCUUUAUGUUGAAUCAUUCGAGAUCAAGGAUGUUAAAACCCUUCGAGGUGAGCACCUGUCCCGUGCCAUCGGUAGGCUGUCUGGUAAGGGAGGGAAAACAAAGUUUGCCAUUGAGAACUCUACGAAGACGCGGAUUGUGAUUGCAGACACCAAGAUUCACAUCUUAGGAUCAUUUGCCAACAUUAAAAUCGCAAGGGAUUCUCUUUGUAGUCUUAUUUUAGGAUCCCCUGCAGGGAAGGUAUAUUCAAAACUUAGAGCUGUUUCUGCCAGAUUGGCAGAGAGGUUUUGAUCUCAGCAUUUGUUAUUAUUUUGGGGCUUCUGAGUUGCAAACUUUGUUGGGUACGAAUUUUCUACCACCCCAACUUGAUUUGAUAUUUUUGCUCUGCUUAAUCGUUUGAACUGUUAAGGUGUCGUGUCGUCCCUAAUGAUUUUGUUUGGGCAUUCAUCACAUGUAAACUGUGCUUGUCAAAGUUAGUAAUAUAUAUAGAGUAUGCCUUUGGUCUCCA